AUGGCCGACGUCGAGAAGGGCUACGACCUGCAGAACUCUCCCAAGCCCGGAGCCAUGAAAGACGGAGGAGGCGACGCACAGACUCCGCUGUCGCAUCCGCCGAUCUGGCUGCUGCUUGCAGUCUCCAUGCCCCGCAUGGCCAUCAACAUGGCCUGGUCGGCCCAAUGGGCCGCGCUGGGCCCGUACCUGUCCACGAUGCUGCCCAACUUCGCAGUGCAGGUGACGCAGUUCAUCGGGCCCAUUGUCGGCGUGCUGGUCGGCCCCAGUGUCGGCGUGCUCAGCGACCGCAGCACCGCCAAAAUGGGUCGUCGCCGGCCGUUCCUCAUCGUCGCCGGCAUCCUUAGCAUCAUCUGCUGGAUCGCCAUGAGCUACACCCGGGACAUGGGCGAAGCUAUGGGCGACCACGGAGACGGCACCGACGGCCAGGAGACCGACAGAACGUGGACGUCCAUCUUCACCGUCUUCUUCUACCUCUGGAUGGACAUCACCGUCAACGUCGUGCAGACGCCGGCCAUGCUGCUCGUGGCCGACUUUGCCGGUGACCGGCAGACCACGGGUGCCGCUCUGGGUCAGGCCUGGUCCACACUCGGCUCCAUCCUGGUGGCCGGCUACAUCGAGUUCUUCGGUGCCGCCCACAAGACGCUGCACGAGUUCAUGUGGAUGCUGUCCGGUACCAUGUUCAUCUGCAUCACUGUGGCUGUGGUGUUCGCCAAGGAGACCCCGCUGGACCCCAGCAAGGUGGACGCUGUUUCAACUUGGAAGCGCAUCAGCCACGCCUUCGCCUCCGUUUACCACGGCAUCCGCACACUGCCCGGAGUGCUAGCCACCUACGGCGUGUGCUUCUUCUUCGUGCAGUAUGGCUACACGGCUUACAACGGCAACAAGGGUCAGUUCUUCGGCCUUGAAGUGUACGACGGCUCGGCGGAGAACGCGGAUACUUGUAACCCGUGCACCCCCGCUCAGGACGCGUACAAUGACGGCGUCAGUAUCGCCGGUGGACGCGCCGACCUGCUGUUUAACGUCGUGGGGUACAUUUACUCGUGGACGCUGCCCUACCUGGUGCACCAGUUCGGGGUCAAGUGGGUCUUGACCCUCUCCACGAUCCCGCAGAUGUUCCUCAUGGUCAUGGCGUGGACCAGCAGCGUCACCUUCAACGUGUUCGUCGUGGCCAUCACCAGCAUCACGCAGUCGGUCUGGUUCGCGCUCAUCGUGCCGGUUAUUAUCCACGUUUUCGGUGAGGAUGAAGAGAUCGGCAUCUACGUGGGCGCGCUCAACUCGGCCAACUGCUUCGGCCAGCUACUGAACUUUGCUAUUGGGUCGGGCUUGGUGGAGACCUCUCUGGGCUACAAGCUGCCGGUCUUCCUCGGCGGUGUCAUGAGUGCUCUCGGCUUCAUCACCGCCCUGCUCUUCUUCAAGAUGAAGAUGUACUCCAUGUAA